AUGUUCGUUCGCGUCGUCUCACGCGGAGCAGACGUGGUCGAGUGGGUGGAGUCACGACAAAUACGCGCGUCGUUUAAGCAAGUCACACGGACGCUGUAUCAGAUCAAGAGCAACAGCUUCCCUCUCUGGAACAGGGCUGCGCAGGACAUGUCUUGCCCGAUUACCGAGUGCCCCCAUGGCGUUUAA